UACGAUGCGAUCCAGACGACACAAAACGUCGGCCGCGCUCGUUCCUUCCACCGACGCCCCAUGGCCGCUGCAACCACCAGUGGCGGCAUCAUCGCCGCCGCCGCCGCCGCGGCGCAGGAGGAAGUCAUCCAGCUGAUGCCUGCUCCUCUCCCUCCUGCGGAUUCACGCGACAAGCCCGGGGAGCCCACUGGUUGGGGCUUCACCCUGUCCGUUUCCUUUUCCUCCGGAAACCCUAGGAUCGAGGAGACUCGAGGAAUCAUGCACCUCUACCCGGAUGAAGUCGCCUCCUCCGACAAUCUCCCUAUUGGAAGGAAGCCUCUCGUUUGUGUGAUUGCGGUGCCUAACCACAUGACUUAUGCUGAUUUCUGCCGGUUCUGUGGUGCCUUCAUCAUGCACAUGGCCGAGAUGCGAAUCGUUAGAACUGAUGGUGUGGACGAUCAAUAUAGUGUGAUCAUCAAGUUUGAUAAUCAAAUUUCUGCUGAUGGAUUCUACCAACACUUUAAUGGGAGGCAGUUUUCGUCUCUGGAGGGUGAUCAGUGUAGUGUUCGUUACACUAUUGAUGUGCAGUACACUGGAUCGAUUGAACAUACACAAAGCUCAGCAACAAGCUCUGCUGAAGAGCCUUCUUGUCCAGUUUGUCUUGAGAGACUAGAUCAAGAUACUAGUGGCAUUCUCACAACAAUUUGCAAUCAUUCUUUUCACUGUUCAUGCAUAUCUAAAUGGACGGAUUCAUCUUGCCCGGUUUGCAGAUAUUGCCAACAACAACCUGAAACAUCAACAUGCUCUGUCUGUGGAACUUCUGAGAAUGUUUGGAUAUGUGUUAUUUGUGGUUUCAUUGGGUGUGGAAGAUACAAGGAAGGCCAUGCUAUCAGACACUGGAAAGAAACACAGCACUGUUAUUCACUUGAGUUGGAGACUCAGCGUGUGUGGGAUUAUGUUGGGGACAACUAUGUACACCGUCUAAUCCAAUCAAAAACUGAUGGAAAGUUAGUUGAGUUGAAUUUCCAUUGUGCUCAUGCUGAUGAUAAACGUGGUAGCUGUGAAUAUAGCGAGGACCUUGGUUUUGAUGAGGCUCUUCUGAACAGUAAACUCGAUACUAUAGCUGGAGAAUACAAUGAUCUUCUCACAUCUCAACUAGAUAACCAAAGAAAAUAUUAUGAAUCACUGGUGCUGGAGAUUAAGGAGGAGACUGAGAAAGAAAUUUCUGAAGCUAUAAAAAAGGCUGUUAGUCUAAAACUUCAGAAGUUCCAAAUAAAGCUUGAUAAAUGCAUCGAAGAGAAAAAGUUUAUGGAGGAUAUUAACGAAAACUUGUUGAAAAACGAAGAUAUGUGGAAAGCAAAAGUUCAACAACUGGAAGAAAGGGAGCAAGCUGCAGUAAAAUGGAGAGAUGAGAAGAUUCAAGGUUUGGAGGAACAACUUGGAGAUCUGAUAAUGCACAUUGAAUCCCAAAACGUGAUCGAUGAACCUCCAAAGGACUCCGUUGCGAGUGAGAUCACAGCCGGCACUGUAUUGCCAGUCGAACCGGCAUCCUCUUCCAGUACGGGCAGCAAUGAACAUGGUAAAAAGAACCGAAGAAGGAACUAAGGUGUGCUCGUCUUUCCACAACUACUACUACUAUAAUACAAAGUGAAGCUUUUGUACACAUUCAGGAGUUUUCAAGUGUAGAAUCCGAUGCUUUUGACGGAGCAACUGAAGAAACUUGAAAAAAAAAUUGAUUGUAUAUGUAUCGAUGAUAGAUCUUAAGUACUUACCAUAAACGUAGGUUUGAUCCAGUGCUGAUAGUUUUAAUUA